AUGACUCAUUUAAGUUGCUUUCAGGUUGCCAUAGGAGUCCAAAGUGUCUCAGACGCCACGGUGUGCAAAGUGUUCCCUUCAACAUUGAGUGAUGCCGCGCAAAAAUGGUACCAGAACCUCAAGGAGGGCUCUAUUACUAGCUUCAGGGAGCUCGCUAUGGCCUUCAAAACUCACUUUGCUCAGAGCAUCGAGCGAAAGAAAAGAUCCAGUGAUCUGAAAAAAUGUUUUCAAAAGCAGGGAGAAAGUUUGAAAGCUUACAUUGCUCGGGCUUGGAACUAUAUCAAUCUUGACGAGGAAAGACAAAGGAAGGCUUAUGGGAUGGCUAGCCCGGUUCCCAGUAAAACGCAGAAUGUUCAGGGAUCUAGCCGCAGUCAAGAUCGGUACCGACCUCUGAAUGAGACUUCGGGGUACAGGGGUAACAAGCCGUUCAAUGCUCAACCCAGUCCGCCUAGCACGGGGCCUGGUACGAAGCCGAGUUUCAGCAUUGGGGGAGGAACUGAAGGAUACGUCGACCGAGCAGGGGUACCGAGACAAUAUGUACCACUUAACACUCCAAGGGAGCAGAUUCUGUCCUGGAUCAAGCACAAUAAUGAAGAGAUUCGUUAUCCACCGAGGCUAGUAAAAGAUGGAGACCGAUCCAAGUUCUGUGAUUUCCAUGAUGGCUAUGGCCACGAAACAGAGGAAUGUGGGCGUUUGCGGAGUGAGAUAGACAAGCUAGUUUGCCAGGGACGAUUACAACAUUUUAUUGUGGCCAAAGAGGGCCAAGACCGAGGAAAUACGAGGGUCAACUCGGUCAGGUCGGAGCCCGGGGGGAGCAGGGAAGCCCAAUCCCCAUCAAAGAAAACACAAGUCACGGGAGUGAUCAACACUAUCUCAGGAGGAACUUUGGAAUCCGAGUAUGGUCGAAAACACAGAAAGAAAAAACAAAAGAUGGAUGCGAAAGGAGUAGAAUUUCCUCAUGAGGACGCUUUGAUUGUAUCUGCCAUCAUCGGAUCAAAAUGGGUAAAACGAUUGCUGGUGGACGAUGGUAGCUCGGUUAACUAG